AUGGGGGGAAUCUCCAUGGGAAAUCACAAAAGACUGCGAGACGAAUCGAUUAGUUCUGUAAGUGAAACUGAUAAAACACCUAUUUUAACACAAACACAACUUGAGCAAAUCACCCACAAUGUUGUCCAACUUCUGACACCCAUUAUUGAAACAACAAUUAAAACAUUGUUUGAACAAUUACACCAGAAAUACAACAACAACCAACUCCCUUCCCAAACACAACAAUCAACUUCUCGAUGGGGAUGCCCCCCUAAUUCAAUGCCACCAAAAAUAAGACAAGCUGCGACAACAAUUGAGCAACUCCAACAACCAAAAUUUGACGAAAAUUUAAAAGAGCUUUAUAAAAAGAAGAGUUUUUAUGCGGUAAUUGAAAGGUUUCCAGAAAUGGAAAAUGAACAAGAAGACGUAAAAAAUAUUGAAAAAAAUGUUCAAAUAGUGGUGGAUAACAAAAAUUUUAAGGAAGAUAAGACUUUUGCUGUUAAACGACAUGGUGUUAAAAAGCAAAACAAACAUCACCGCAUCAUAAAAGUAAAAUUUUCUACACCAUCAGCUGCACAAUCGUUUAUCAGUCAAUACAGAACAAUUCAUCAACCAAUACUAGGUGGGCAUAGUCCCUUCGCAAGAAGGGACUUAACCCCACCAGAACUCCAACUACAAAACUACCUUAAACAGCAGGUUAAGGAGAUUAAUGAAAAAAAUGGAAAUGGAACUGCCUGUUAUCGUAAUCUUAAAAUUUAUUAUAAAAAGACAGUGAACACGGGCUAGGAUUUAGGGACCUCACAAAAAAAUGGUAAAAAAUUAAACAAUUUAAAAUGCUUACUUUAUAAUAUUCGCUCCAUUAACUCACUAAAAACUGCAUAUAAAUUGGUCGAAUUAGAAAAUUAUCUGACUAAAAAUAAAAUCCACAUAGCAUUUUUAUGUGAGACUUGGUUAAAUGAUAAUAUAUCGGAUCAGACCCUUUUCCUAUCAGAUAAUUAUAAAUUUUUAAGAAUAGAUAGAAAUACUGCACGAGGGGGCGGCGUAGGUAUAUUUUAUAAAAAGGAACUA